AUGGCCAGCAGUUCUUCAGAGGGACAAUGUGAGACCUUGGUAGCAACAGAGGAAGAUGAUUUGGAUGAAAUUGAAAAGAUAAUGCAUGAAGUCAUGGGAAACAAGGAGUCAAUGGAGGAAGUUCUGGUCCCAAUGCAGAUCACAGACCGGAUUUUUUUCAUUGAUUUAGCCAACAGGAAAUUGAAAACUAUCCCAUGGCAAGUGUUUGAUCUGGAAGACCUAGAGGAGCUGCAUCUGGAAAGAAAUGAAAUUUGUAGCAUCCCAAGAAUGAUAGGUCAUCUGAAGAAUAUACGAGUGCUUUACCUGAAUAAGAAUAGGAUAAAAGGCUUGUGCUGGGAACUGGGAGAACUGAAACGUCUUCAAAGCCUGGAUUUGAGCAGUAAUCCACUUUCUUACAAUUCACUUACAGUCAUCAGUAAAAUAAGGUCCCUUUGUAAUCUCAGGUUCUAUAAUUUAAAUCUGGAUAAAUUUCCCCUGGAAAUCUGCAAAUGCCUCCAUCACCUGAAGCUGCUGGGACUCUCUAAUAAUAAUCUAAACUGCCUUCCCAAGGAAAUAGUUAAUUUCACCAAACUUGAAGAGAUCUAUCUAAAGGAGAACAGGUUUGAACAUUUUCCCUUGGAACUUUGUCAACUGUAUAAUCUAGAAAUUAUAGAUCUCGAGAGAAAUAAUCUGAGCGUCAUUCCAGAUGACAUUUCCUCCUUGCAGAAUUUAUCUCAGCUUUUUCUUGCCCGCAACAAGCUGGCAACUUUACCUGAGUCACUGAGCAACUGUUGGAAAUUGUCCGUGCUUGAUUUGUCAACAAACCAAUUGCACAGACUUCCUCGAAGUUUGAAGGAAUUGACAGAAAUGAAGGAAUUUGGGUUAUCGGGGAAUGCCCUGGUUAGUUUUCCACGCCAGAUACGAUGCUGGAAAUGCCUUGCUGUGGUUUAUAUGAAGAACUGUGCCCUGAAAACGGUACACCCUUCCAUUGGAAGACUAACCAAUAUACUGAUUUUAGAUCUAAGUGAAAAUCUUCUGGAGGAAUUCCCAAGGCAGAUUUGUGCAAUGGAAAAUCUGGAGGUAUUGUCCCUGGAUGACAAUCAGAUAAGUGAGAUACCUCCAGGCGUAUAUAAGCUUUACCAGCUAAAAAGCCUUGGUCUAACCAGCAACAGGUUCAUCUCAUUCCCCAAGGAAAUAUUCCAUAUUGUAUCUCUAGAGAAACUGUACAUGGGACAAGAUAAUGGGACCAAAUUAACAGCUUUACCAGAGAACAUCAGCAACUUGCAGAAUUUAAAAGAACUAUACAUUGAGAACAACUUCUUGGAGUAUCUUCCAUCAAGCAUAGGUUUAUUGAAUAACCUGGAAAUACUUGACAUUCAUAACAACUUCCUUAUAGAACUGCCUGACUCCAUAUGCCAACUACAAGGUUUGAAAAAGUUAUUCGUCCAUAACAACCAGUUAUUUCAAAUCCCACAGAACUUGGACAGCAUAGAAAAAUUGCAAGUUCUAUCGCUGGAAGGGAACCCUAUGAUGGCUCCACCAGUUGAGGUGUUCAGACAAGGGUUGCCAGCCAUAUGGGAAUAUUUACGGCAAGAAAGACAAAAGAAGGACAAGACCAUAAAGGUCCAGGCUUGGUGGCGUGGCCUAAUGGUACGCAAAGGGUUUGGAGCCUAUUCAGAGAUCCUGAAAAUGAUAAAGAAGGUCAAGAAAGACAAAAAAGAGAAGAAGGGCAAGGAGAAAGAAAAAGACAAGGGCAAGGGCAAGGGCAAAAAGAAAUAA